AUGGCGGAAAGGUUAGAUGGGACACAAGACAAGGGCGGAGCGUUGGAUGGGACAGGGCAGGGGAAGGUUAAGGUGGGACAAAGACAAAGGAAGGGUUGGAUGGGACAGGGCAGGGGAAGGUUGUAUGGGACAAAGACAAAGGAAGGUUGGAUGGGACAGGAAGGUUGGGUGGGAAAGGUUAGAUUGGGACACGACGAGGGGAAAGUUGGGUGGGACAAAGGCGGGGAAGGUUGGGUGGGACAAGGCGGGGCAGGUUGGGUGGGACAAGACAGGGAAGGUUGGAUGGGGGACAGGGCAGGGGAAGGUUGGGUGGGUCAAGACAAGGGAAGGCUGGAUGGGACAGAAGGGCGGGCUGGAUGGGACAAGGCGGGGAAGGUUGGAUGGGAUUCGACAGGGAAGGGUGGAUGGGAUAGGGCGGGAAAGGUUGGAUGGGACAAGACAGGGGAGGUUCUAUGGGACAAGAGAGAGAAGGUUGGAUGUUACAAGGCAGGGGAAAGUUGGAUAGUACAGAACUGGGAAAGUUGGAUGGCACAAAGGCAGGGAAGGUUGGAUGGGACAGGGUAG